GCAGACCCAGAGAUAAACAACAAAAGAGCUGUACAGAUUUUUAUUGCUUUUUUAGAACAAAAGACAAUAAUACGCUAUCUCCGUCAAGAGACCGACAUCGUUUCAAUGUAAACUUCCAAGAUCUAAUAAAAAAGUCUCAUCCAAGCAACAAAACUGUGAUAAACUGAUCAAAUACAGGCAUAACACUACGUAGAUUUAUCUGUGAUUUCAACUAAAAGAGUGAAAGAGAGAAAAAGAAUUUAGGUUUAAUGGCCGCAGCAACUAUUCUCAUGUCAGAGAAGGAAGAGCGGCUGAAGGAUUUGUCGUCAGAAGGAGAGGAAGAGGGCGACCCAAUUUUAAGUAGUAGUAUCGUUAGAAGAGAUUUUAAUGAUAGCGGAAUUGCCGCCUGUGCUGCUGCAGCUAAGGCCUCCGAUGGCAAGUUCCGCACCAUCUCGACUUCGUCUUGCGCCACGAACAUGUCGAAUGAAUCCUACCGCAUCUCUCUCGGCGUAGGGCCUCUGUGGUGGUCCGAUGUCCCUGUCCACCACAGAACAGAUCACGAUAGGGCAUCGCUCUUAACGGGCUACAGCCGUAAGUCUUCGGUCGACUCGGCUGGUAGCAGCUUGUACGAGGCCAGCUCUCGGGCAUCAUCAUCGACCUCUUCAUCAUGCUCCGACCUAGAGUCGGCAUCGAUGCAACACGAUAUCCAUUCGUUGUGCUCGGAAGAUGAUUGCCAAGAGGUGCUGCGCCAGAUCUUGCAGCAUGACCAGCCGGUGCAGAUUUCCAUCAAGUUGCACGUCACCGAAGACCAGAGUACCAAUUGGAUGUCGAUAUUGAACCCAAAUAACAAUAUGCUGUAUGUCGCCUUCCCCAAGGAUUUACCGCCAGCCGGCUCCAAGGAGACCUUCAUCUCAUUGCUGGAGUUUGCCGAGGACAAAUUGGAGGUUGACGGCAUUGUAAUGGUGAUGCGCAAGGACCAACCGGAACGCGCACGCUUGAUCGAAGCAUUUCUGUUUAUGGGUUUCGAGCCGAUGUCUAGAAAGGCCCCACAGGCACCACCAGCCGCCAUCAAUGACAAUGAGAACUACUAUUUCCUUUACACCAUCCAGGAGUAGUUGACUCCCCCCAAACGAAAAUGAUGGCAGAAGAGACGAACGAUUUACGAAUUGAAGAUAUAGUUAACCAACAUCCCGAUAAUAUCAAAUCAAUAAUCAAUAUGGAACAUUUACAUACAUAACAUUCAUAUAAAAUCAUAUAAAAUAUAUGUAGCAUUCUUUAUCCCGAUUAACUCUAAUCCACAAUCUGACAUAUUGAGCCCCAAUGUGUUCAAUGAUAAAAAUCUUCAAAUUUAUUCUAAUUCAAAAUCGAAACAUCCAAAAUCGUCCGACCUACCUUGCUUCGCGGUAGUCCUUCUAUUUUAUGCCCAUUAAAAAAAAAAACAUCCAUGGUUUUAGCCACGUUAAGAGCAACUGUCGUAAACUAUUACAUAAAACUUAUAAUCCCACAACAAACAAAAAAAUAUAAAAAAAAUGCAAAAAAAAAAUUUAAAAACUAUAAAAAUGAAAAAAAAAAUGUUAGCUUUAAGUUUAUUUUUGUGAAUUAUUCAAUUUUUUAUUUAUGUUUUUCCCCAUUAUUAUAUUUUUUUAUUUUUUCUCUUUACAUACAUAUAUAUACAUACAUAGACAUUAGAAUGUGUCUUUUUUGAUCGAUUUUGUUUAUUCACACACACAAGUAAAAGAAUCCCAAUAACUUUUGGUUAAGAUUAAAUGAUUAUAUGCAUUCGUAAAACGCAAACCACAACAUUAAUAUAUUUAUAUAAAAUGCUACUAACAACAUAGAAUAUAUAUAUAUACAUACACACACUUAUGCAAAGAUCCAAUAAAUAAACUUUAAAAUCAAUAGAUUACAAAACACCCUAAAAGCACGAAAGCAAUUCAAAGAUAAAA